CGAAGAAGAAGAAACAGCCACGGCUACUGAGCUAGCUUAGCUACUUUCAUUAUUUUACUGAAAUAUGGCAGCUGUACUCCCCAUCAGACCGCCAUGCGAUAGCAACCCCGCCACUCCAGGAGCACAAUCACUAAAGGAAGAUGUAAUAGAUGAGGUUUCCAAUGAUGGCAGUCAGCCUCCCAAAAGAAGAAGAAUGGGUUCAGGAGACAGCUCCCGAAGCUGUGACACCUUCAGCCAAGAGCUUGGAGCGACAUAUUUUCCAGCAGAGAACCUGACAGAAUAUAAGUGGCCACCUGAUGACACAGGAGAGUAUUACAUGCUGCAGGAGCAGGUCAGCGAGUAUCUGGGAGUGACGUCAUUCAAGAGGAAGUAUCCUGAUAUGGAGAGGCGAGAUUUGUCCCACAAAGAGAAGCUCUAUCUUCGAGAACAAAACGUCAUUACGGAGACACAGUGCACUCUGGGUCUCACAGCCCUGCGAAGCGACGAAGUGAUAGAUCUGAUGAUAAAGGAGUAUCCUUCCAAACAUGCUGAGUAUUCUGUCAUACUGCAAGAAAGGGAGCGACAGAGAAUAGCGAAAGAGUACUCUCAAAUGCAGCAGCAAAACCCUCAGAAGGUCGAGGCCAGCAAAGUUCCUGAGUACAUAAAGGAGGCUGCGAAAAAAGCCGCAGAGUUUAACAGCAACUUCAACAGGGAGCGGAUGGAAGAGAGGAGAGCUUAUUUUGACCUUCAGACCCACGUUAUCCAGGUACCACAGGGCAGAUUCAAGGUACUUGCACCAGAGUUAACCAAAACCGGGCCUUACCCUGUGGCUCUCAUCCCAGGACAGUUCCAAGAUUACUACAAAAGGUAUUCGCCCAAUGAGUUGCGCUAUUUGCCGCUGAACACCGCUCUGUAUGAGCCUCCACUGGAUCCAGAGCUUCCUGCUCCAGAUUCAGAGCCCGACUCGGACGAUGCAGAUGAGGCCAAGGACGACAAGAACAACAAGAAUUCAUCAGACAGCUCAUCAGGAAACACCUCAGACGUGGAGAGCCAGGAGGGCGGAGGAGGACAUCAUCAUAAGUCCAAAGCCAAAGAUAGGACGUCAACGCCAGGAAAAGACCAGCGCCACUCCCACAAAGCCACUCCAGGGUACAAGCUCUCUUCAGCAUCUACAGUUGGUCAGCCUGUCUCCCAGCUGGAAUGUCCUGGUCCACCUCGCCUCACACACACAGUCACACACCAGGGGGUCCUGACCUUUGACUUUUUUUGGUUUUACGAUUGACCCCCUCCACACCCUGAUCCCCCGCCCGCUUUUUUUUAACCCAACUGUGAGCAAUAAGAACAUUUUAAAGGAACAGUUCACGUUUCUUUUUCACUGCACUUUUACUUUUUUCUUCAGUGAAGACAAAUUUGAACUUUUUUUUCCUUCUGAUUGCCCUUAAUAUACCUCUUAUCUGUCCUCACUUGUCAAAAAAAAAUUUUAAGACAAGUAUGUGGAUUUUUUGGCUGCUAAUUUUCUCUUCUUGAAAAAGAAACUUUGUUAAAGAUAUAAGAAAAAAAUAAGCCGCAUACAUUUUGUGGUGGUUUUAUAAAGUAUAUCACUGUAGAUAAUAUUAUCGUCUGUCUCUGAAGUGUGCCAUGCACACUAAUCCUUACUGAUUAAAUGAAACCCCGACUACCACGACCUGCAGGCUUAUUAUUAUUUCAUAUUUGGUAAAAUCAUAUUCAAUAAAUCAGUGAUAUAUUAUUUUAAACCACAAUCUUAGAAAUACUUCACUUUUAAAAUGCAUUAUGGCUUGAAAACAAGGUAAAAUCCCACUAAAUGGUUAUUGAAUCAGAAUGGAGCGAGCUUUUUCCUGCAGAUAGAUGUAUUAUUUACUGAUUGAUUCCAUGUUCUGUUAUUUAUUGAUUUCAAGAAGCAGUGAGAAUUUCUACUUAAAAGAAACAAAACCGACUUCAGAAAUGUGCAGAUCCGUGUUUUUUAUGGCCUCAAGUUGCAUCGCCAACCAAGUCCUUGCAUUAUAGAAGUCUGUUAAUAAUUUGUGUUUUCCAAUAAAGUGAAACAAUAAAUUUACAAUGUAAUUACAAAUGCAAUUUAGUGAUCAGAAAUGUACGUCGACAUCAACAAAUUAAGAUUUUGUGUUUUUGCGGUGAUGCUAGCCCUGGUUUAGCCUAAUCCACCUGAUCCAUUUGAACUCUGCCACAGCUUUUAACCUGAGAAGUCCAAAAAAACAAAACGACUCCAGUGCAGUUUUAAUUUAAAUGAUCUGCUAAUAGUUACAGUCUGUAGCAUCCCAGUCCUCAAUAUGAUGGCGUAAAGAGUAGCUUCAUUUAAUUGUGUUGAGAAUCAGACGGCACAAACUCAACCUGAAUUAUAAGGUAGAUGUUUCCCCAUGAGGUCAAAUCAUAAAGCUUUUCACUUCAAGCUGGAUAACGCAAUACAAAAAACAGAAAUAUGGAAUAAAAUUAUUAUUUAGUUUUCAAAGAAAUAUAUUUUAAGUCGUUUAAUUUCUGCCUAAGUCCAUUGUUAAUCCAAUAAGCCAUAAAAGUCGUACUAGUCGGAGUUACGUUUAACUGCAUUAGCAGCAUAGCACACUUUCUUUCUAGACUGUUAAUGAGUGUGAGACAGCGGCUCGGUUUGGACGUUAUUUGUCCUGUUGAAGUGUUUCUGACCGUUUUCACACUGUCGCUGAGCUGAGCUGCAGUUGCUGAUUGACAGAGCCAAAAAAAAGUGCUUCUCCUUUUCCAACACCCAUAAAUGCAACAUCUUUGGUCGAGCUUAGGUGACGUGUUCCCUUGCAGGUCAUUGUGUUUUAUUUUUUUAUAUUAAACGAAAAGAGAACAUGUCAAAUGUGUGGAUAAAUCAGCUGUUAGGUGGGUAUGAAGGACCUGAAUGUGUCCCUUUGACUUAAGCUCAGCUUUGUAGUGUGGGGAUGGUCGUUUUCUGGCUGGUUGUUGCAGCAUUCAGUGCGUCAAAGUUCCUCAAAGUAAGGUCACUACAACACAAUCCUUUUCCUCUUAUAGGGAGGUAGAUGUAAUAGUAGUAUUAUUUCUAUAUUUUAAGACUACAUAGUGUUUUAAGAAGUAAAUAUAUUUAGAUUUUUUGUAACUCUGGUAGCGUUGACAAACGUACAAGAAGGUGGAGUUGGGUUAUACCAGAGACAUGUUCGUGUUGAAGAGUUUAAAAUAAUAUUCUUACUCAAAAUUGACUUUAUUUUUCUUUCCGCUAGCAGUGUGCAGCAAUACGUGGGGGAGAGGCUGCAUACAACCAGUGAAAACUGGGCGGUUUUAAAGCCUUUGUUCACUUUGUUGCUGAUUUCUCCCUGCUAAUGACAGGAAUCGGUUUGAUAACGCUACAGCAGUUUUGUAUAGAUGUGAAUUUAAAUGUCUAAACUACGUCAUAACUUUUCAACCAGCUGUGACACCAGCAGUAUAUCAAUGUUUCUAUAUAACCAGUACAACUGUUCACUUGUUUGCCUCUGCAGCUGCAUGUCAGAGCAACGUGGCUCUAUCUAGAGAAAUGACAGUUUUUAAAAAAGAAAAAAAUAAGCAUUUAGCGUUUUGAGAAAGUUGGUAUUAUUUCUUACGUGUGCAUGGUAUGCAAUAUUUCCUGUUCAAAUCCAGUGAAUUUAGAAUAAAGGAUAUUUACACGA